AUGGGAGUGCAGAGAUUGCUGGGACGGGAGACUUGCAAGGGACGGAAUGGGCUCCAGGGAAGGCGAGGCGAGGUGGGGCUCUUGGACACAGAUCUCCGCCUCCCUGGAGGGGCAGCCCUGACUACCUUGGAGAAGGCUCGGAGGCGGGUUCUCGGGGGCUCGAGCCUCUCGGAGUUGGCCACUUCUCCGCCGAGGCGCAGCGAAGGCGACAGCUUUCUUUCGGCGCGGCUGCGUGGGAGCCCGGCGCCUGCUCGGUGGGUGCCUGGACUUGGCGCUCCGGCCCGGGGCUGCCCAGCCAUGCUGUGCUGCCUGCUGCUGCGAGCCAGCAACCUCCCCAGUGUGAAGAAGGAGCGGCGUAGCGACCCUGUCGCCAGCCUGACUUUCCGAGGGGUGAAGAAGAGAACUAAAGUCAUCAAGAACAGUGUGAACCCCGUGUGGAAUGAGGGCUUUGAGUGGGACCUCAAGGGCGUCCCCCUGGACCAAGGCUCUGAGCUUCACGUGGUGGUCAAAGACCAUGAGACGAUGGGGAGGAACAGGUUCCUGGGGGAAGCCAAGAUCCCACUCCGGGAGGUCCUGGCCACCCCCAGUCUGUCUGCCAGCUUCAAUGCCCCCCUGCUGGACACCAAGAUGCAGCCCACAGGGGCUUCGCUGGUCCUGCAGGUGUCCUACACGCCUCUCCCUGGAGCUGUGCCCCUGUUCCCACCCCCCACUCCUCUGGAGCCUUCCCCAACUCUGCCUGACCUGGAUGUGGUGGCUGGUGAGGAGCCCACCCUCGGCCUGGCAGGGCCCCUGGCAAGAAGGCUGGCAGUGGCACCUGAGCUUGGGGGUUGGGGGCUGCAGUGGGGCUUCGUGGCCUUUGCUGCCUUCCCCAGGUUGGGGGCUGCCCAUGCCUGGAAAAGAGAAGAUGCGGAUGAAGGACCCAGCCCUCAUUGGCACCCUCUCCUCCCAGAUACAGGAGGAGAGCAGGACACCGAGGACCAGGGGCUCACGGGAGAUGAGGCAGAGCCAUUCCUGGAUCAGAGUGGCGCUCUAGACCCGGGGGCUCCCACCAGCCCCAGGAAGCCACCUUCUCAUCCUCCCCCCUACCACCCUGGGAGCAAAAGAAAGAGACGCGCGCCCACGCCCAAAAAGCUGCUGUCAGACAAACCGCAGGACUUCCAGAUCAGGGUCCAGGUGAUCGAGGGACGCCAGCUGCCGGGGGUGAACAUCAAGCCUGUGGUUAAGGUCACCGCUGCUGGGCAGACCAAGCGGACGCGGAUUCACAAGGGAAACAGCCCACUCUUCAAUGAGACUCUUUUCUUCAACGUGUUCGACUCUCCCAUGGAGCUGUUCGAUGAGCCCAUCUUCAUCACGGUGGUAGACUCCCGGUCCCUCAGGACAGAUGCUCUCAUUGGGGAGUUCCAG